AUGAACCGGAAAGAUGAUCGGAAAGAUGACAACGACGACGACGGCGACUCCUCCAAGCCAAUGUGUAAACCUCAGGAUCCCAUCUGGACCAUCUUGCCCUCCUACUACAUGUAUCACUCCACAUUUACUGGAGACCAGGACCCUCCGCAGUACACGGAACAGUCUGAUAAUUUUGCAAGGCCAGGCUCGUAUUCGAAGUGUGAUAGCUCUAGUAGGGUUGUCUCCUCUCACUUGUCUAGCGAAUUGAACACAGAAAUCACCAGCGUGUCUCAGAGUGAUACGAGUUACCGAAACAACUCAAGAUCCGAUCUGGUUGGUCUGAGUGACGGCAGCUUCAUUGUGGCCGAUGAGUCCAGCAGCUCUUGGAGAGAAACAAUUUUGGAUAACUUUUCACACUUGCGUAAUUUGACAGGCACGGAUAAUGAAAUGUCCAAUGCGGUGAAGUUAUCCUUUCACUUCACGAAAGACGUGGGUGAGCGUGGUGUAAAGCCUGAGAUAAUUGACCCUUCCCUUUACGAAUAUAAGCAAGGAGACUAUUUAAAUGGGUUUAUCUAUAUCAAGAACGAAGGCACCAAACCGAUUCCUUUUGAUAUGUUCUAUGUGCAUUUUGACGGAAACUUCAUUGUAUCGGACAAAAAUAACGUCAAGUCGAGGCAGCCAAUCAAGAUACGCAAGUUCUUGGAAAUGUAUGAUUUCGCUGCAUCUUGGAAUCCUGUCUCGGUAAAUCGUUUGCUUUCAGAAAAAGAUAAUACUUACUGUUGCCCAUAUUUGUUCGACCCUUUGGACAAGUCCCAGUUGUCCAUUGGUCCUGAAAGGAUGGUGUAUCCUGGCAUUCUUUACAAACGAUUUUUCACUUUUAAAAUCCCUACUAGAUUGCUAGACACAGAAUGCAACGAUCACAAUCUUCCUGGCCAUACAGAAUUGCCUCCGACGUUAGGAACUUGCCCGACUGAAAGGGAACAAUGGAAAAAGUCGGACAAAAUGAUCAACGACUUUUCUUUUGUAGAUACCUCGAUUAGCCAUGGCUUAUGGGCCAGAUUCAUCGGUAAAGCUUCGAAAUAUGAUGCUACCAUGACUGAUGCCAAGGGAUGCAAGUUGAUAAACGCUAAGGGUGAUGAGUUCGUCAUCUUAAAGGAAGCAGGAUCUUUCAUCCGUAUCCUUCAGGAGACUAAUAUUCCUAGCGAUGCGGAGAAGAUGGCCAAUAAUAGAGUCACCAGGGUCACGUACGACAAUUUUGUGGAGCAAAUUAAGGAGCGCAUUGCCGUUGGAAAAGAGCUUUGUAAAGCGAUCAAGACUUUGGAUUGCAGAGAUGACGCUCUUCUUUGUCACCGUAUCGCCGCAGAAGAAGCUGUACAACGGGAAGCCCGUAAUGAUCAUGUCAAGUCACAACAACUAUUCACAAGAGAUUCACACGCCCGUGAUGUGAAAGCUACUUAUCACGUUCCGAAGUCAUAUGAUAUUGCUAUUCCUUACCGAAAGAAAUCACUCUUUAGCAGGUCUAAAGAGCUAGGCUCAAUAAUGCUCUCGACCCCAAAAAUCGAUUACCUCUUGAGCUAUAUUUCACCGAAGCGGUUUAGAACUAGAGGACCUAUAGACCCAUCUUCCUGGAAAGUCGAGAUUCCUUUCGAAAUUACAUAUUCGCCAUGUCGCAAUCGAGAUGAUGUCGAAGUAAAGCCACCUGAGAUUCUCUCAGUAUAUGGUGAAUUGGUGGUGUUCACAUUAAAAUCAAACAAUCGCCCAAUUCCAAUAGAAUUGAAUCAUGAGUUCUUGUUCAAGAAUACGUCUAAGAUGGAUGAUUGUGGUCAAUCAAUUGAUGAUUUUACACAUAUUGUAAAGCAUCCUAUGCAACAAUAUGCGGGAGAGUUGUAUAAUUUGUUCAAGGUCUUGGGCACCACAAACUUUCAGGUCCAGAAAGGCAUGGUCGAGGAUCUUGCCGCAUUGUCUAAAGUCGAGGAGAAAUAUAACAGACUUGUCCUUGAAGACAUGUGUGUAAAAGACGAGUCUACAGCCGCAAAUCCAAAGCCUUGUGUCAAUGGGGUAAAGAUUCCAUGGAGCCGUCUGGACGGUGAUCUGUAUAAGAAAAAAAUUUUCACUUUGCGUCGAUGUCACCAAGGCCAAAAAGAUGCUGGUGGAUGCCCCGCCCAAGGGAAAGGAUUAUAA